AUGAAGAGACUGAAAAUAACUCUGGACACGAAGAAAUGUCUGGAAGCAGAUGGCUCGAAAGUCAAGAGAGCAAGUUUGGACCACCGGACAUACGAAGGCAACGAUUCAAAUUUGAAACUAACGAAAGAGAUAGCAGAGGAGGGGGUGCAUGAGAUACGUAGAUCGAGAUCUGUGAUCGAUCUUUCGAUCGGGAAUCAAACGGUCGGAAAAAGAAGGAAAAUACGACAGUAUUGGAGCGAGAGAAUAAAACCAUCGAAGAAAUCCAUCGACGAAGGAACGAGAAAAAUUCGAAAGGUAGAAAGAAACGACUCGUUUCUCAAACGAUUCGUCAAAACUUCGAAGGAAAAUAUCGCCGAGGGAUGCGAACGAUUGGUCAGAAACAUUCGUAGGAGUCCGCGUCUUCUUCAAAAAAAAUUACAUUUGGCCAAGAGUACAGACAGUUUGAAUAGUACGAAAAACGAUAACCAUCGACCAGUGCCACCUAUUCGAAGGAAAAAAUCGCGAAAGGGUUCCGUAUGCUUAUUGGACUGUUCAACAAAAUCCGAAGAUUUUGUAAUCGUUACGAGGGAUAGAAGAAAAGAGGAAGAAGACUCGUCGAGAUCGAAGAGCGUCUCGGUGGAAGAUGUCGAGGAUUUGAUACGUUCAGAAGACAAUCUUAGAUUAUUGGAAGAGCGUGUGAAUCUAAGAAGACGUUUUGAAAAAAAGAGAGAAUCCAAGGACUCGCUUUUGGCUGAUUAUUCGCCUGCUGUGCACAGGCGUUACGUACGUUCAAGGUCAUCGCGAGAGGAAGAUCGCGUCUCCGAGUCCGAAAGUAAGCCGCUCGAACAACGAACGUGUAAGUGCGAAAGGAAAGUGAAAUAUUCGCCACCGCCGGACGAGGAAGAACCAAAGGAGAAGGAGGAGAAGGAAGAAGAGGAGGAGGAGGAGGAGGAGGAGGAGGAGGAAGAGGUACAGAGGUCAUCGAGACGUAAACGGCAAAUCUGCGAUAACGCGAACGGGUCAGUCGAUCUCGAAGAAGUUCCAACGACUCGACAAUUUCCGAUAGCCGACAGUGACCAGUUGCAUGCGCGCGCCUCGAGCACGUCGUCCGACGUAAAAUGCAAACUUGCAAAUUCGUCGGAUGCACGAGGAGAAGAAGGAGAGGAACGACGGCAACGAGAACGACAACGACGACGACGACAACAACGAAAACGACGACGACGAAUAAGCGAACUACGUCGACGUAGGCAGCAAGAAAGCGAGGAGGAAGAAGAGGAAGAAGAAGAAAAAGAAGAAGAGGAAGAAGAAGAGAGAAGAGAACCGACGAGUCUCAAGUUAUCAGUCGAGCUAUUAUCGCCGUUACUCGAAACUGCGAGAAUUUCGAUAGGAGAUCGUGAGGAUGAAAGUAUUCUCUUAGCUGAAAGUUCUUUCGAAGCUCGAUCGAGUAUAGAAGAGGAGAGCGUUAAUUCUGACUCCCCGUCGAUCGAUACCAUCGUUGGCGAUGUUUUACGAUCCGUGACUGUUCUACGAAACGAUUCCAUCGAAAAGAUUAUCGGGGAUAGGAUCGAACCGUCGAGGAACGACGAGAAGAGCAAAAGUUGUCUCGAGUAUACAUCGAAAUCGAGAAACUCAAAGAUGAAGCUGACGAUUAGAAUGAUCAGGAUACGCGACAAACUGGUGCUCGGUUUGAGCGCCUUUGCGAUACUCUUCACCUUACUUUUGGUGAUGGAUCUUCAAAUGGAUCUCGGCUACAGUGGACAUCAUUUGAUACCAAGCCACGGUCGUGUUAGAAUCGGUGACGAUCCCAACGUCGAAACCGUAUAUACCGGUUUCCGACGUAAAUUUUUGCAACGUACCAACGGUAGUAAAGAACAAUACGACACGGCUACCUUUACGCGAGCUGUCAAGGAUGUUGGUGCUUCUUCGAAAACUGGCAAAUCGAUCGAACACGACGAUUUCGCCGAUCUAAUCGAUAUUGUUACGAACGGUUACGAUGUUAACGCGGACGAGGGUGUCGUUAGGAUUAGCGGCGAAGAUCACACUUACAAUCCUACCUUGGGAGAACUCAGACACGCCGUCCCAGGAAAAAAUGCCACGACUCUCGAAAAAUUUCAUCUUCAAAUAUCCAGGAUAGAAUUGUAUCCAAAAGAUUCUUCCUACGUGGAUGAAUUAUUACGUCAAAUGGCAACGCAACCCAUCACUCACGUUGUUCAGAAAGAAGGCGGCACUCAACUGAAAUUAGUGAUCGACUAUCUGAACAACAUGCAAGCUCUUUUCAAGCCAAUGAGAUUUCCACGGGAGCAACAAACUCUGCCAAAUCAUUUCUACUUCACCGAUUUCGAGAGACAUACGGCGGAGAUUGCAUCUUUCCAUCUCGACAGAUUGUUGGGUUUUCGACGGGCAAUGCCGGUCACUGGAAGAACGUUAAAUAUAACGACAGAGAUUUACAACAUAGCCGAUGGCGAACUACUCAAAACGUUCUUCGUUAGUCCUGCAGGUAACCUUUGUUUUCAUGGAAAAUGCAGUUACUACUGUGACACGGCACACGCGGUUUGCGGCAAUCCAGACACCUUAGAAGGUAGUUUCGCGGCUUUUCUGCCGAACAAAUCGUUUGCUACGAGAAAAGCUUGGAGACAUCCUUGGAGAAGGAGUUAUCAUAAACGGAGGAAAGCUCAAUGGGAGCAUGAUUCGCAAUACUGUUCGCUGGUGAAAGAGAUUCCUCCGUACGACGAAGGACGAAGACUUCUCGAUCUGAUGGACAUGUCGGUCUUCGACUUUCUCACCGGAAAUAUGGACCGACAUCAUUACGAGACCUUCAAGAUAUUUGGAAACGACACUUUCACCCUCCACGUCGAUCAUGGUCGUGGCUUUGGGAAACCCUUUCACGAUGAAACCUCUAUUCUAGCACCUAUCUUACAAUGCUGCAUGAUCAGACAGAGCACAUUGGGCACCCUCCUCAAGUUUCACAACGGCCCAAUACGUUUGAGUGCAGCCAUGAAGCAAAGUAUGGCAAAGGAUCCAGUAGCACCAGUUUUAUGGGAACCCCAUCUGAUCGCUUUAGAUCGAAGAAUUGGCAUGAUCUUGCAAGCCAUCAGGGAAUGCGUAAAUCGCGAGGAUUCCGACCAAUUGGUAGUUCAAUCCGAGAAAAAAGAGAAAGCUGGUAAAUCCUAAGCCUUUCAUUUGACGGCAAAAAAAAAACAAAAAGCUAAAUCCCAUCGAAACAAUCUCACGGGAUUUUCUAAAUAACGCCUGAAAACGCUUCGCUCGCAAAAAAAUCAACGCGAUCCUUCCAUCGUACGUAUGUACAUACAAAUGUAUAAUAAUAAUUAUUAUAUUUAUAAUAUCCUACACCUUUCUUCUGUUAACACGAUCCUUCCAUUAUUCUUUUUAUAAUAUUUAAAUAAGACGUUUAAUUUUUUACACGAUAACUGUGUACAAAUAAGUGAGCAAAAUAAUUAAUUAAUUUUCUUUCUUUUCUUUUUUUUUUUUUUCCUUUCUUUUCUUUUCUUCUCCUCAUUUUGAGAAGGAAGGAGAGCUAUGUACAAAUCAAAAUAUCUUUAGAAAAUUUCUGUAAAAAAAAAAAAGAAAAAAUAAUAAUAAAUAAUAAUAAUGAAUAAAUGAUAUAAAAAAAAAAAAAAACAAAAAAAAAACAAACAAACACACAAGCACGCAAAACAAAAAGAAAACUUUUUGUAAAUAAGUGUAUCAUAGAGAUAGAGAUGCGGGUAUUUCGAGAUAUCUAUCGGACGGGACGUCGAUAAAUAACGCGUUCGUAAUGAGUUUUUAAAUCAAAGAGAAUACGAUCGGCAGGCGCGUGUAAAUAAGUAAAGAAAAAUACGAGAAAGAUAGAAUCGUGCGAUUUCGUACCGUUACUAUCUUCUUUUUUUUUGGAAAAGAAACUUGGCGAUCAUCGCACGCAAAAG